GAAGAGAAGAAGAGAGAAAUGGCCUUUUUAGUAGUCAGGCCCACUAGGGUUUUUUGUGUCUACCUUGCAUGUUUUCUUGUUACCAUGUUGUCAUUGGUGUCCAAUGGGUCAUGUCAUGCAAAACUAUCAUCCACGUUCUAUGACAAGGCGUGCCCUAAUGCGCUCUCGACGAUCCGGUCCGCCGUGAGGACGGCCAUCUCACGUGAGCGUCGGAUGGCCGGAUCUCUCAUUCGGCUCCAUUUCCAUGAUUGCUUCGUCCAGGGGUGCGACGGUUCGCUCUUGCUCGAAGACACUUCUUCAUUCACGGGCGAGAGGGGUGCAUUUCAGAAUUCAGGGUCAGUGAGAGGUUUUGAAGUGGUCGAGGAGGUGAAGUCUAGGGUGGAGAAUGUUUGCCCAGGGGUUGUGUCUUGCGCCGACAUACUUGCAGUCGCGGCACGCGAUGCAUCCGUUGCUGUAGGUGGACCAACAUGGAAAGUGAAGCUGGGAAGGAGGGACUCGAGGACAGCGAGCCAAAGCCAAGCAGAAAGUAACCUUCCUAGGGCUUCAGACGACCUCAGCGUUCUCAUUUCCUUAUUCAAAAGGAAGGGUCUCAACGCAAAAGAGAUGGUUGCACUCUCAGGCUCGCAUACGAUUGGCCAAGCACAAUGUGUAACAUUCCGAAAUAGGAUCUACAACGAGACCGACAUUGAUGCUGGCUUCGCAAGUACUCGCCGACGUGGGUGUCCAUCCAAUGGUGGUGACGCCAAUUUGGCUCCAAUCGAUCUAGUAACACCGAACUCCUUCGACAACAACUACUACAAGAACCUCAUUAAGAGAAAGGGUCUCCUCAAGACAGACCAGGUUCUCUUCAGUGGAAGCUCCACUAACAAUUUCGUGACCAAAUAUAGCAACAACCAGGCUGCUUUCUACUCUGAUUUUGCCGCAGCUAUGGUCAAGAUGGGCGACAUUGAUCCUCUCACUGGGUCUUCUGGGGAGAUAAGGAGGAGAUGCAAGUCAAUCAAUUGAUGUGUACUUAAGUUCAAAUUGGUUUAUUGAUAGUAAGUGUGCAUGUGUCUUGCAUGGUUUAAAAAAUUUGAAAACAAUCGACUCAUCUGUGUCAACUCGACUCGACUAGAUUUCACCAAGACUCAGAGGAAAUUUUGAUCAGGUCACAAUUGGGUAAAAACCGAAGAUAAGCGCCUGAAAAAACUCAAUCAUGAGUUUUCAAGUUGACUUGAUUGAGUUUUGAGUUGAGUCGAGUUUUCAUCUUUUUAAACAAUGUUGUGUUAUAGGGUAAAGAGAGUUGGGUGAAGGUGUUUUUCACUACCACAAGUAUGGUGUGUGUUUGUGAUUGUUAUGUGGUGUCUUGAGUCUUUAUUUCUUAAUAUCAUUCAUCUCAUUUUCUAUGUUUUAUCCCAUUUAAAAAGUUCUCCUUGAGAAAUAGUAAUAUUGAAGAUAAUCUCUAAAUUGCUUUCAUUGAGAUAAUUGUUUUAUAAUUUGUAGUUAUACAGUGUUGAUUUACAUAAUAAAGAAAAGACAAAUUUGUCAGA